UGGAUUAGGAUGGAUUAACAACGUUCUUAUCUCUCCGUCUCCCUGAGCGCUUUAUCUUGAGUUUUCUGCGUUGGCAGUUGGAAUAACGUUCGUCGCAUUUGAGAAUGAAAGCAUAAAUUGUGAGAAUGGAUAAAACCACUGAUAAAUGAGUCUGCGAAUUUGCGCUACACAUAUCUUUUAAAGGAAGGAUAGUGAUGCUGAAAAGUUCGGGAGGUAUUUACAGCCUUCUUUCCUGAUCCGUCAUCGCAGCAGAUAUAAUUCUUGAUCUCGUGUUCCUGAUAUCCUCGAAUCACAGCCAACUGGUGAUAACACACAGCUGCCGGUACAAGACUGAGAUAAGAACGCACCUGCUGAGUGCUCUCUCCACGAGUGGUUGCAACAAGAAGAAGACUACCGUGUUUCUGAGACCAGAGGCGAGUGAGAGCAGCUGAAGAUGUCGUUCUGCCGCAUCACGGGCCGGGCGCGCGGGCUGCCCAAGCCCAACUACUUCCCGCUGCUGCCGCCCAUCUCGCCUGCGGACGCGCGCCGCUUCUGCCGCAUCACGGGCAAGUCGUACGGGCUGCCCAGCCACCACUACAUCCCCGUGGUGACGGUGAGGUCCGGCCGCCGCCAGCACUGCCACAUCACCGCCAGCUCCGAGGGCAACGAGCACCACCACUACCUGCAGAAGCAGGGCGCGGCAGCGGCCACCAGGCGGCACGUCGUCAUCGCCGACUACCGCUACGUGUUUCCCGUGCUCGACGACGGCGACGAGCAGCAGCGGCCCCUCACCGCCGUCCUGGCCACUAAGACGGCUUCCCAGGCGGACGCGCGCUACGUGUACACCGUGGCCGAGCGCAGCUGCGGGCUCGUCUUCCCCGCACGCCUCGAAGCCGCCGUCCGCGACGGCGACGUCCGCGACGUCAUGCUGGCCAAGGACUCCGACACUGUGCUCUUCCGCAUGCGGCACGGCAAGAACGUCACCGUGGAGGUGCGCGACGUCGACCCGGACGAGGCGGAAUGGUUCGAGGGCGAGGGUCCGACGGAGGAAGUCGUCCGCCAGAGAGAAAAGGAGGACGACGAGAAGGGCUCCGCCACCGCGAAGAAGAAGAGGAAGCGCACUGGCAACCUCUCCUCCGUCACACGACUCUUCGAGGAAAGGGAGCGCGAAGCGGAGGUCGCCGAAGAGAAGAUGGCGCAGUUCGAGAUGAAGAAGGCCAAAAUGGUCGAACUGAAGAUGACGAGCCCCGCCCCUGGAAAAGCUCCCGGACCGGUGGUGGGUGCAGAGGAACUCAGCUGGAGACGUUUCGACGAGAAGCAGUUCCCCACUGACGCGCACCUGUACCUGGCAGCUGGCAAGGGCCGGGAGACGGCGGGACUCCUGGCAGCCGACGGUGACAUGGAAACGGCGCUGAAGGAAGCCGCAGCAGAAGGUGCCACUCCGGUGACGGUGGCACUGCCCAGGCCAGUACCGCACGAGGCGGAACUGGUCGAUCUGAGUCAGUCGCUACCGGGAAUCGUGCCACCACACACGGCACUCUCCCCCACAGACGUGGCUCCUCUGGAGCCCACAGCUGCCGUCGCACCCCUCCGGCCACUUCUGGAGCAGCCACCCACAGAACUGCAGGACGCCAUCCGUGCACUGGAUCCAGUACAGCUCGACUCCACUGACGGUAUCAAAGAAGUAUUCGAGGGCGGCGAGAGGUCCAACCUGCUACCUGGCGUGCAGGAAAUUCCGGGCCUAGUCGCCAGUCUCGAUUCUGGCGUAGAAGCCGUCAUCUGCGACGACAAAGGUGGCCGUCGCGUGCAGGGGCUCAUGUUAGACAUUGCAGCGGCGCAGCGUUUCGUGGCAGGCCAAAAGGUGGACACUCCGAGUGGGCCAGUUUUCGUACCGGGUCAGACGCUGCAGACGCCAGCUGGUCGUUGCUUCGUUCCCGGUUUUACUGUCAUGACGCCUGAGGGGCCCGCUCUAGUUCCGGGUCAGAAGGUUGACGUCAGAGAGGAAGACGGCAGUCUUACUCCUGUGUUUGUAGCUGGCCAAACUUUAGCUACCAGGGAGGGAGAGAAAUUUGUAGCAGGACAGGUCAUGAACACACCCGAGGGCCCACGGUUCGUACCUGGCCAGACCGUUUUCACUCCUGACGGACCCAAAUUCGUCCCAGGGCAAGUGGUCCACGAAAAUCAACCAGAUGGAACUGUUGCAACAAAAUUCGUCGCUGGACAGACUGUAAUGACACCAGAGGGACCACAGUUCGUUCCGGGGCAAACGGUGUCUACUUCAGAAGGCGAGACACUCUUUAUUCCAGGUCAGAGCGUUCAAAUGGAAAAUGAGUGGGAGUUCGUACCAGGGCAGACGGUAAAAACGGCUGAAGGAGAGAGAAAGUUUGUUGCUGGCCAGACAUUAAUAACGCCGACUGGGCCGAAAUUCAUUCCCGGAAGAACCGUUGGAGGUACUGGCGAUACUCCACUACAGUUUGUGCCCGGAAUAAGCGUGAAGAAUGAGGAUGGAACCCUGUCUUUUAUGCCAGGAAAAACGAUAGAUACCGCAGAAGGGCCAAAAUUCGUCGAAGGCCAAGUUUUGCAGACAUCAAAAGGAUUAACAUUUGUUCCGGGAAAGACAGACGUCUCUGAAGAUGGAGUGACUGUGCGACAAUUUGCUGUGGCUAAGAGUGUCGAGGACGUGAUUCUUUCAGAAAAAAUACUCGAAGGUUUACCAGUUAGUGCUAGUACUAUCGGUGCACUGACAAUGAAAGAGAAAGAAUCUAUUUAUGGACACAUGGUGCAGACGACUAGUGGAGUCGAAUUUUUCCCCGGAAAUGCCAGUGGACUACCAGCAGGGAAAGUGGUGCCUGGAAAACUUGUACACGGAGAUAAUGGUGAGGUCAGAUUUGUCCCAGGAAUUUUUGUGAAAGAAGAAGGAAAGUUUGUGCCAGGUCAGGUGGUUCUGACAGAGAAGGGCGAACAGUUUGUGCCGGGUCAAGUUGUCGAGACGAGGGACGGUCCUAAGUUCGUGCCCGGCCAGGUGGUGGAGACGAGAACUGGGCCGAAGUUCGUCCCCGGGCAGACCGUGGAGACUCCGGAGGGACCGCGAUUCGUCCCCGGUCAGAUAGUGGAGACGAAAGCGGGACCCACUUUCAUUCCGGGCCAGGUCAUCUCGACUCCGGAGGAAGGUUCGCGCUUCGUACCCGGCCAGGUGGUGGACACGGCAGACGGUCCUAGGUUCGUGCCCGGCCGAGUGGUCGAGACGGACGAGCACGUGGCCUUCAUCCCGGGCCAAGUGGUGGAGACCAAGGACGGCCCGCGCUUCGUGGCGCCCGACCUGCAGCAUUCCCCGGAGGGCGGCUUCGAGUUCUCGGUGCAGGGCUUCGAGGUGACGCCGGAGGAGUUGCGGCUGCUGCGGCCGCCCGCCGUGCACGUGUCGGGCGGCGAGGCGGCAGUGGACGCGCGCAUGCUGCGGCAACUGUCGGAUGCGGGAAUGGCCGUGGGCAGACAGGUGCCCGCAGAGCUGCCCGAGGUGGCCGUGCGCGAGGACAGCGCGGGCGCCCAAGUCGUGCACCACAUCACCAACAAGCUGGCGCUCUCCGGCGCCGCCGCUGUCCGAAUGGCCGACGUGCUGGCCAGCGUCGCCAAACUCAGCGGGGACGUACUGGAGAGCGCCAAGGGAGCGCCGCUGGACGUCGCCAGCCUCUCGGAGAAGGUGCUCGAAAGCAUGAGGCUCGCAAGUUCCGGGGCCGUAACCGUAGGCAGCGAGACUGUGAAGGAGUUCAUCCGCUCUGUCGUCUCGGCGGUAGUCGUCACCGCGUCCCAAAAAUCAGAAACUUCCGGAGAGAGUUCGAGAGACGCUAUAAUAGCGGCAAUUGGCCCGGUAUUCGACGAGCUACUCAAGGACGUCUACGAUCUGGAACCCGACAACAGACAGAAAGCAGCCGAAGCGUUCGUGGAGUCGCUGCACCACUACCUAGUUUCGCCGAGUAACGUGAGAAGCGUCCGAGAGAGCGCCGCCAGAAUGCUGGGCGCCGAAGCGUACUCGAACGUCGCCGUCUUGGAGGAGCUACUGCGAGAACGGAAUAUGGACGCAGUCGUCGAGAAGGUCACCGCAGUGUUGAAGUCGGUAGACGGGACCAGCCGGCAGCAGAUCGUAGGCGACGCGUUCAAGCAGAUAUCGCACGGCAAUCCGGAGCUCGUCGGCCAAGUGCUGGACAAAGUUUCCGAGAGUCUGGCGGAGAGGGGCGCGGGCGAGUUGCAGGAAGCGACGGCGACGCUGCAGAAGGCUAUAGUGAAGGCGGUGCGGGAGAGCAGCGAGCAACAGCUGCAGCAGCAGAUCCGAGACGCAGACACCGGCGACGACAGAGAGCUGCGCGCGCUCGUGACGCAGGCGAUCGGGCUGGCGCGCGCGCUGGACAUGCACGACGCGGCCGCCGCCCUCGCCGCCGUGCUGUCGGACCCGCGCAUCACGCACGCUCUGGCCGGAGACGUCCUGGCGCUGGACGUGCUGCGCCGCCUCACCGUCAUGCGGCAGCUGGCCCAGCGGAGGCCGAGCUUCGCGCGCGCCCUUUCCCGCCUGCAGCCGACGGCGCCGGGCGUCGGCGAGGAGUCCUCAGCCGACGCGGACGAGGACUCGGCACGCUGCGACCCGUACCUGCGCGAGCUGGUGCGCCAGAGCGCGGCCCUCACGGACGACAGGGCGGCGCCGCCACUGCAGUCCUCGCACGACGUGCCGGCCGCGCUGCUGCUGGCCGGCAACUGGCUCGCCAUAGAGGACUUCGUGUCGCGGCGGCCGUGGUCGCGGCCCGGAGCGCCCAUCCUGAUCAUCAAGCAGGGCCUGCAGGCCGUGGUGCCGCGCGAGGCGGCGCGCGCCGUGCUUACGGGCGAGGUGGCCUACACGCUGCUGGACGAGACGGGCGUCAGCCACUUCGAGCCGCUCAACGUGUUCUCGGCGCUGCGGAUGCCGGCGCGCGCCGCCGCCCACCGCUUCUCCAUGUACUCGGCCGCCACGCUGCAGCUGCCCGCCCACGCCGAGGAGGAGGAGGCGACGACGCUGACGGCCGCCAGCUCGACGGACGACGUGCCGCACGCGCAGGGGCAGGCGGGCGUGCCGUGGCGCAGCCUGGCCAGCAGUGACACCGUCACCUCCACCAGCCGGCCCUUCUACACCGCCAGCGAGGACGUCCGCCGCGGCUCCUGCGGCGACAGCAUCUGGAGCGUCGACACGCAGAUGACAGAGCUGUCGGACCUGUACGUCGCGACGCAGGACUUCACAGCCGAGGAGGCGGAUGGUCUGUCGCUGAAGAAGGGGGACAUCGUCGAAAUAAUCGACAGCGGUGACCGAGAGUCGGCCAAGUGAGUACCCACCCAGCAGAAUGCUCGCCACGUUUCAGAACUCUACAGACCUGAGGCGUCGCGGAGGCAACACGCACGGGCCGCUCCUAUGAGAAGAUGUGUGUGUGGUGUCCUGAGUUAAAGGACCUCUCACUCCUAACAGGGAGGGAGCAUCUUCUCUCCUUCCUCCAUCGAUCCCGAUAAACGCAUGAUCCUUUCCGAAGAUAUCUAUGGCGAUGUUCCAAAUUGUUUAUGGAACACGGAAGAAGUGAGGAGCGUUUCCCUGUUUCUCACUACAUAUUAAAGCUAUUAUCGCUUUCCUUGAACUUUCAGAACAGUAUUAUGUCGGGUGUAUAUGACUGUCUUCAGUCCUAAAAACUUGUGUGAUACUUACUCCUAUCUAAAAAGUGGCACGUAUCUACCAAACGUGAUUUUUGGUCUGAUCAUAGAAUAGCAAUAGUAGUAGAGAUAAUAGCAUCAGUAGUAGUACUAGUGCUAGUGAUAGUAAUAUAUAUUUUGUAUUAGUCGAAAAAGUUUCUACAAUAUUGUUAACUGCCAAGAGAUAUAAAACACAGUGUUCCAGAAGUAGUGGAAAGACACAGUAGCAUGGUAUCUCUUGGGGCGUCACUGAACCAGUGCACCUCUUAACAAACCUCUUGAUGUUUCGAUUUGGAGAAACUCUGACACUGUGCUGGGACUUACAGUAGUUUCAUGAAGUAAACUAAAUUAGUGCUUCAGUUGUGUACGUAGUAAAUGUUAUUUGCCGCCCUGUAAAAGUUUGCUCCAACUCUGACUUUCCUCGGCGUAUGUGAUUGUUACAAAUUCUCACUAAACCUAUUCUUGAAAAAAUUUUCGUACUCAGUAUUAAUUUUUAUACGUCCCUUGACGCUCUAUAACAGUGUUGUCGGCAUAUGUUAAAAAUCAAAUUGUUUGAAGCCAGAGGUAAAAGCGUAUCCUUGUAUAACCAUCAUGAUUCAGGAAAAUCUGCUAUAUCCGGGGAGGUAACAGUACUUAUGUUCCUGGCAAAAUUGAUGUCGAGCAGUCUGCUUUACAGACGUAGGCACGAAACGUGACGUAUGAUAGGAACGAAAGGAAAUAAAAUACAUUGAUAGCAGGCUGAAUGCAUAUCUGAUACAAAGAGAUCAGUGAUACAUUCCGUACAUGUCUUUAAAAAAUGACAAAUCGAUGUUGGGACAUUUGCUGCAUUCUUUUUAAACAGAAUAUAUUGAGACGAGAGUGACAGAUAGAUGUAUUAUUUCCGAGGAAAUUCUUCAAUAAAUCAGGCUAUCGCAAGCACUCACCUCAUUGUCAUAGAACUUCCUCUUCAGAAAGAUGUAAAGGCAGAAACUAAUGGACUUGAGUUGCAGUGACCACCCCAGGUAACGUGGUAGUGUCAGCUAUAGUCUGAAUAACCUUCUCGAAUACCGAAGAAAUGCUCCAGAGCGCACCAUUUCACUACAGAUACAUCUUUAACUGCUGCAGCAGAUGUUCUCUACCGACAGAGAGAAGGCGUUGCAUUUUUUAAAACCUGCUAUAUUGUGUAUAACAACUGACUGUGCAUUGUAUUAUGUUGUAAUAUUUUUAGCGAAGUAUUUAAAUCAAUAUUUAUUUUAUAGAUUGCGAUCAUACAUUAUAGCGUCCAUUCCAAGUAAACAGACAGACGUCGGUAAUCGACAAGGGAACAAGUUCAUUCUGUGGUAAUGUUGAGGCUUAGAGUUAUAAGACUGGAACUUCCCCGUAUAUUGUAUAUUUUUUCUGAACCAGCAUUGAUAAAUAUAUUUCCCCUCAGUCCCUAACAAAACAUUCACAAACAAAAUGUACAACCAGUUUAAAAAUUUGUGUGUAACUUAUGCCUAUUACUUGUAACCUAAAAUAUCAAAGAAAUAAAUAAAGAAUUUUUUCCAAAUCAUAA